UCAAAUUUUUACCAGUCAGCGCCAUCCUUUGCCGUUUUUGUGCUCGUUUCUGCCAUCUGCCGCUUGCUAGGAAAGCGCGGGAUAUUGUUAGAUCAGCAUCACUGUUUGUACGGCGUUUGCCAUUUUCCUUCUGAAGGACUUUUUAUCGUAAAAUUCAAGUAGACAUGUCUGACUCAGAAGCAGGUGGUGACUCUUCAAAACGAUCACGUGGCCGUCCAAAGAAGUCAGCGGAACCACGUAGUGAAAGCAAGGAUCGUGGUGCUGAUGAACCGAAAGCAAAAAGAGGACGUGGACGACCAAAGGGUUCUGCCAAAAAGCCAAAGAAGGUUAGCAGCGGUGGUUCUGGUGCUGCUGGAAAGCGUGGCCGUGGAAGGCCCAAGAAAAGUGAAGGAAAAGAAUCAAAGAAUUCAUCAGACCAUGGUGGAUCUGGUGGCAGUGAUAAAGACGAUUAAGUUCGCCUGGCCAAAACAUGGUCUGCGAGAAAUCUUCCAUUAAACUGGAUGAAUUGCUGCCAGAUAUUCUUCAUGUUUGAUAAAGCAGUUGACUGAUGAUUUAUUGUAUUUUUCAUAUCAGCUGAAGAGUACAGCAGUUUUCUCGCAGAUCAUUUUAAAUGUAACAGUACAAGUCUUAAUAACAUGGUUUUAUUUUGUAAUCAUUGUCAUUCUUGUAAUUUGUCUGCUGCAGUGGCCCUUCUACGUUUGUAAGGUGUCUGCAUAUCAUCAUUUGUAAACUCAUCCCUGUUUGAAAAACCACUUCUCAUAUUAACAACAUAGUUUUGAAUUAAUUAAGCUUUCGAACUUUUUUUUUAGUGUGCAUGCAUUUGUCAUUGUAGUUGUUACUCAUGCUUGCAGUUGUGUUAGUGUUUGCCUGCUAGUUUUUAAGUGUACAUUAAGCUUUUGUCUAAAUGGAUUUAAAAGAUGAACAUGAACAAAACUUCUGUAAAGAAAAGGAUUUUAGGAAAAGGGCUUUGUUGCAGACAAGCCAUUCAUUUUUUUUAGUAUUAGCUCUGUGUUGUGUGCAUUUUGUCACUUUAGCCAUUGUGAAGUAAAAAUGGAAUUUGUCAAUAAAGCAUUUUUCUUUUAUUU